AUGCCUUCACCACCAAAGCCAUGGGAGAAAGCAACUGCUACAAAAACCACAACUACCACUCAAUUACCAGGAACAAAUUCAUCCUUUCCACAAAGCUCCACAGCAGACACUGCGCCUGCUCUUCCUGCAAGGCCUUCAACAACUAGUUCGACUUUUACAAGAGGCUAUAAUUCUUAUGCCACGAAUUAUAAUACUCCAUACUCUAGUUAUGGUACUUAUGGUAGUACCUAUGGAUCUCCUUACAACCGUUAUAGUUCAUAUUCUUCUUCUUAUUCACCAUAUAACCGUUAUGGUUACGGUACUUACGGUGGUUAUGGUGGUGGUUCCUAUGCUUCUUACAGUCCCUACUAUCGUUUUAAUGCGCAUGGAGGGAUGAUGGGUCCAAAUGGUCCAAAUGGCCCUGAUGAUUUAUCAUUAACUCAAAGAAUGGAAGCAAAUACUGCUGCUGGCUUCCAAAUGAUUGAAUCAAUAGUUAAUGCUUUUGGUGGUUUUGCUCAAAUGUUAGAAUCUACUUAUUUCGCUACUCAUUCUUCAUUUAUGGCCAUGGUCGGUGUUGUCGAACAAUUUGGAAAUUUACGCAAUUAUUUAGGCCAAGUUUUGAGUAUUUUCACACUGAUACGUUGGAUACGUCAUUUAUUUUACAAGAUAACGGGUAGGAGACCACCCGUAGAUCCUCAAGAAUUGAAUCCAAUACAAUUUGAACAGUUUCAAGAAAGAAAAAAAUUUUCUCGUCGUCCAUUAAUCUUCUUUGUACUUGCUGUCUUUGGUGUUCCAUAUUUAAUGCAUAAAUUUAUUCAAGUUAUAUCACGGCGGAGACAAGAAAUCAGUGGUAAUCCACAGCAAGUUGGCUCUCAACUGAUUAUUCCUGAACAACUAACCCCUGGGUUCGCUCAGAAUCUCGAAUUUUGUAGAGCUCUUUAUGAUUUCAAGGGUGAAUCUUCAAUGGAGUUGAGUCUAAAACGCGGUGAUAUCAUAGCAAUUCUGAGUAAAAACGAUAUGUUUGGUCAACCAUCUCAAUGGUGGCGAGGUCGUUUGAGGAAUGGUGAACAAGGAAUGUUUCCUUCAAAUUAUGUCGAAAUAAUUAAUAAAGGUGGUGGUUCGGAAGUUACUGAGAGUGUUGAGGAAUUGAAAAUAAAUUAA